CUCCAAGCUAAUCAACAGAGCGAGAAGCUUCGGAGUUCGCCUCAUUCCUCAAGAGUAUCUGGUUCAAAUGGCUGAAGAGAACAGGAGUCAUACAUGGCAACCUUUUGUUGCAAUGCUAGCAAUUGAGCUUGCCUUUGCCAUAGUAAAUGUACUAUUCAAGAAAUUGCUUGGUGAGGGAGUGAACCCUUUGGUCCUCAUCACAUACCGACUUUCAGUUUCGGCCAUUUUCUUGGCUCCAGUCAGCUACAUUUUGGAAAGGAAUAGCAGGCCGAAGCUCACGUUUAGAAUUUUGUGUUACCUCUUCUUCAGCGCGAUGCUGGGGGCAUCACUCAGUCAAUAUCUCUUCCUCUUCGGAGUUCAACGAACAUCUGCAACAUUCUCGUGUGCAUUCCUAAACUUGGCGCCCGUCAUGACGUUCGUUGUUGCCUUACCGUUCAGGAUGGAGGCUGUGGACAUAAGAAGCAGCAGCGGAAUAGCCAAAGUGCUGGGUUCGAUUGUGUGCAUCAUUGGGGUCUUGACACUCACUCUCUACAGAGGAAGCUCUUUGCUCCACCAUUCGGAGUCAAGUUUGCAUGCUUUUAGUCCCGCUGUGAGGCUCCGGGCGACAAGGAGCACGGUGAGAUGGGUGAUCAGCUCCAUGGCAUUGUUUUCGGGGACCUUAUUGUGGGCAUGUUGGUUCCUUGUUCAAUCCAGUAUUGGGAAAUCAUACCCUUGCAAGUACACCAGCACAGCCUUCAUGUCCUUCUUCGGUGCCCUCCAGUCUGCAACGUUAGCGAGCUUGUCGCCGGGAAUGAGCCUCUCCGUGUGGGUUCUCAAGGGCAAACUCGAGAUAUUCUCCGUGGUCUUCGCCGGGAUGGUGUGCUCGGGAUUGUGCUACGUGGGGAUGUCGUGGUGCGUCAAGAAAAGGGGACCCGUGUUCACGGCGGCGUUCAGCCCCCUCGUUCAGACAUUUGCCGCCAUGAUCGGCAUCCCCGCCCUCCGAGAGCAGCUUUAUCUAGGGAGCCUGCUGGGAUCUGUUCUUGUGAUCGUGGGACUGUACGUUCUGCUGUGGGGCAAGAACAGAGAGAUGCUCGAGAGUGUCAAGGAAAAGGCGCAGCCGGUUCAAGACAUUGACGAACAAGAAGCUAAAGCGGAAGUUGUCACAAACAAAUAGCACAUGAAAGAAAUGUCGCUUGUUCUCCAUGGAAUUUUUCCCCUUUUUUUUUUUUUCCUGAUCGAGUUCGAGUCAGCCGACAGAAUGGUUAGUCGCGAUCCGAAAACGGGUUGUGCGCCUGUUUGUGAAAUCGCUGCCAUUUGCAUCGUCAAGCAUGUAAACCUCGCCGUUUUCGGCAAAUUUUCAGUGGUUGGGUUGAAUUUCUCA